AUGUUCAUUCUGGCUCCGUCCGUCCAUUCCCGAUCGUCCACUCCCUCCACUCUGUACCUCAAGAUGUACGUCUCCUCCGCUGUCCGCGCCCGACUGGCCACCGUCGCUGCCCGUCGUGGCUUCUCCACCACUCGCGCCCAGCUCGGCAGCCCCUACCACUACGCUGAGGGCCCUCGCUCCAACAUCCCCUUCAACCCCCUGACCAAGCACUUCUUCUGGCGCUACUGGGCUUUCAUGGUUACCGGAUUCGGUGCCCCCUUCGCCAUUGCCGUCUGGCAAACCUACAAGACCAAAUAA